AAUGGCGUAGAAAUAUCGCGGGUAUUAAAAAUUUUUUUUGUUGAUCAAAGAAAAUAUAGAAUAUAAAUAAUUAUGGAAUUGCAAAAGGGGACAUGUUUUAUUUGUGGAAAUAAAAGUGUCAUAAAAUCUUCCCAGUCACAAAAGGCAUAUAAAGUAAUGACUCUGUUAUUGCCCAAAGACAUUUUAGACCCUACUGAGUUUAAUAAUGUUCAGUCAGCUUUAAGAGUUUGCCCUAUUUGUUAUCAUAAACUGAUUAUUAUGAAACGUAUCAGUAAAAAUGUAGAGAAAAAUACUUCAAACGAAAUUUCAGAAGAUCAUUGUCUUCUAUGUAAAAAUGAGAAAAACCUUUUUCAAAUGAACAAUUGGCCAAGUUUCAGUGCAAUAUCAGAAGAUAUGGCUAUUCCGAAGAAGAAAAAUUGUGUUAUGUGUUCAGAUUGCCUAUUUUAUUUGGAAACAAGAAAUCAACUAAAAACAAAGUUGUUUUUAAAAUGUCCACAAUUAGAUAAUAAAUCUCUAACUAUUAAUAAAAAUAAAAGAAAAUGGAAACUGAAAUUCACUCCAAAUAUUAAAUUGCAAUCAACCCCACUGUCAGAGAAGAAUAAAAGGAGCAGGAUUUCAAGAAAAAGAAAGUUCCUAGACACGAUAAGCGUUUCAAGUGAUGAUGAUUUGGAACCAAAAAAAGUCUUAAAUCCGUUUAAAAAGUUGAAGCCUUUGAAGGACUAUAAAUUAUAUAAAAACAACAAGAUGGUUAAAACGGAUUCUAAAUUCUUGAAUCAAAUUCCUUACGUAUUAGUAAAUAAUUCAAAUUUGUUUAACAUUCACAAUGACACAUUUAGUGAAGAUGCUGUAACAAAAUAUACUGCAGAGGCAGAAAAUGAAAAUUUUAAAGUACGAGACGAAGAUACAAUAUUGGUAACGCUAAGAAAUGAAUUAGUUAAACAUGGUAUUGAAAAACAGCUUGUUGUAAACGUAUCAAGAAUGAAGAUGGGCAAAUACAAAAAUAAGGGAAGACGUGAAUCAGAUCCAGAUAUACAAAAUUUGAUCGAUAAAUUCAGUAUCUUACAGAGUUCAAAUAGAACCGAGGAAAAUGCAAGCACCAAUGUCUCCAAUAGCAGUUUAAUAGAAAGGCAAGAAAGCUUUGUAGAAGAAACGGAGAUGAGUUUUGAAAUUAAAAAUAAGAGGAAGAGCGUUUCUUUUGCUGAUGAUAAAAAUGUAGAAAUAGAAUAUUUUGAAAAUAACAGAAACGCAAAAUUAAAGUAUCAUAAUAAUUUAGAUGAGAACUCUGAAGUAAUAGGUAAAAAACAUAGUAAAGGGAUAUUAAAACGUGAAGAAAAUGUGGAGGAAAAAAAUAAUACACUUGAAGAACAAAAUGAAGAUGUGUUAAAAGAAACUGAGGUGGAAUUGGAGCCUGAUAAAUCAUUUAAUAAAGCAGUUAACGAAUCUGAGGAAGAUACACAAAACCAAGAAAAUAAAGUAAAAGAUGAGGCAUCGAAAAUUAAAAUAAAGAGUAGAAGAAACAGUUAUUUAAUUGAUGAAAAUACCAUCUCCUUGACUUCUGAUUCCGAGUCUGAUAGUGAAAGUCUGUCUCAAAUACUAAAAGAAUCAAAACAAGACUCUGUUCAGGAAGAAACUGGCUUAAAACGUACAUCAGAGAAUGAAGAAAAUAACUUAUUUGAAGAUGAAAACAUUAAACAUGGCGGGGAUAAAGUAACUGAAAAAAAUAAAGCAAAACCACUGUCAAAAAAGAAAAGAAAUACAAUUGCUGAGGAUACUAAUGUCGAUAAUUCUGAUGAUAACCAUGAUUUGACUACUGCAGAGCAGUCCUUGCAGAAUGAAACUAAACCAGAUGAAAAAAAUGUUGAAUUAGUUUCUGUAGAUGAGAAAUUAGAAAACAAGGUUGCUAAAAGGGAAAGACCUAAACCUCUCUCAAAAAAGAAAAAAAUAAAUGUUGAUAAGUCUGAAGAUAAAGACAUUCAGUCUGGAAGUGAUUUAGAUAUUAGUAAAGACAAUGAAGCUGAAAAUAAAUCUGUAAGUGAAGAUAGGAAGGUCAAAAAAUAUAAGCCAAGGCCACUUUCAAAAAAGAAGAAAUUUGAUGAUAAAUGUGAAAACACAAUGGAAGAAAUUAACUUUGAAAACAAUUUAAAUAGUAGUAAAGAUGAAGGAAAUGUGGAUGACUCUGACAAAGAAAAGUCUAAUGCUGAGAGUAUUUCUUCAGGAAAAAAUAUCCAAGGUGGUAGUAAUGACAUAGAAGAACAAUUUCCACUGAGAAAUGACAGUCAAGUGGAACAUGGUCAGAACACAGAUGAAAUUGAUGAAGCAGAUAAGCCUACAGAAGAUAACGAAGUUACAAAUUCAGAAACAACUGCUGAAAAAGGAAAAGAUUCUUUAAAUUCCACUCUAGAAGAUAAAGCAUCUGCAGAUAAUUCCAAUAUAUCAGAAUGUUGUGAAGAAGUACUUACGGAAGAUGAUGCAGAUACUAUCAACAAAGACACUAAAAAUCAUGCAACAGAUCUAAUUGACAGCAAUAAACCUGAUGCCAUAUCCGACACUGAUGUUACACAAUUGGUCAAUAAAUACUUAAACAAUCAAGAUGAAAAUGAUGGUAAAAAUACACAAAAAACCGAUACUCUAGAGGAAUCAACAAAUCUUAGUUUUAGUCAGAGUUCUGACGAUAACAAAGUUGAUAGUGACGGCAAAAUCGGUUGCGAUACUGUAGACGAAUUUAACGAGUUUGAGAAAACUGAAGACCUAGGAAUAUCAGAAGUCGAUAACGAUAACAUUAACUCGAUAUUGUCAAAUAUGUUUCCUUCAGAAUUACCUGAUGAUAAACUAUUUGAAACAAAGAAUGAGAAUAAAACUGAAACCGAUCCAACCGAGGAAACAAAUGGGGAUCUCAAAAGAAAAAUGAGCGAUGACGAAUUAAAUACCAGUAAAGAAAAAAAGAAGAAAAAAGUAACUUUUUACGAUGAUACGUAAAUUUAUAAUGUGUUUCAUCCUUUCAGACUAUUCCACUCAAGAAGUGUAAGUGUAAUCUGUUUUUUCACUUAAUUGAAGAACAAAAGUUUAGUUUAAUAUGUAAGGCUAUAUUUUUAUAAUUUUUGUAGAAUAUGUCAACAGUUUAGUUACAGUAUGUGUCUAUUCUUUCUGUCAAUAAAUAUCUCUCUGAUUUAUACUACAAAGGGUUAUUUUUUUGUAAACUUUGAUGAAAUAUAUGUUUACAAUUUUUUAGGUCAUAUUAAAAUCAGGGAUUUUUAUAAACUUAAUCGGGAACCACAUUUUUACUAACUAAAGUUCAUAAUAGUAGUAAUAAAUAGAUGUAUUUGGUAAUAAAUAGAUAAAUUCUUAAUAAAAGACUGGAAAUUAAAGUAUGUUUGGAAAAAGCAAACAUUUAUGUCUAAUUAGAUUAAGCCAUUAGAUUUUUAUCUGGUUAUAACAGUAAUCAUUCAGUGAAAUAAAAAUGCAUGUUUAGUUUUUUUUUAUUUUAAAAUUAUGUAACUUACUGCAAUGUGGCAAAUUACAACAAUACAAACCCUGUCUCUAUAGUCUUCAAUCAGUGCCAUACUUUUGGAAUUACUAGACAUGGCUAUAAAGUGAAGAAACAGACUACAAAAUCUAUGAAGUAAAAACCAUUUGAUCUGAUCUAUUUAGUGUGUAAAUUUCUUAUAAACCUUUAUUUUUAAAUUUAAUAUCAAAAUGCACAAAAACCAGUUGUAUCUGUAAAAUAAAUACUUCAAUUGGACCUUACAGUCACACACUGAAUCAGUUCAUAUCUUAACCGCCUGGCCCAGCUUCUGAGAUAAACGGAUUCUGUGUAUGUAGUUCUUUAGUCUUGUUAUUUCUGAAUGGAUAUGUAAGAACGUUUCAAUUUCUUUCCAGUUCAUCAUAGAUUAUUUUGUUAUACUCCAAGUAAUUGCCACCACAAAGAAAAUUGAUACUGAGAAAUUUAAUACGUUCAAAUUGUACGUAUGUAAACUUCUAGUUACUUACUUUGUAUUGUUUAAUUACCAUUGUAAUUUUGUAAUAAAUGAUUGUAACUGC